AAUGGAUAAAAAGAUAUUAGAAAACAUUGAAUAACAAUUAAAAAGAUUACUUGAAUAACUUAAAGAUCUUGAGGAAUAUAAAAAUGAAUUAGAUCCUGAAGAAUAUAAGUAUAUAACAUCAUAUACAUUAUAGAUAAAUGAAAAAUGACACAUUAUAAGAGUUGGAAAUAUUCUAAACUAAAUUAUAAGAAAUAGAAUAGGGUGAUUUAACAUUAAAGAAUGCAAUAUAAUAAUAGCAAGAACAAUUAAGAGCUGCAAUAAAGAAUUCUUUUAAUGCUGAAGAAAUCAAACAUCUUAUGUCAUCAUCAUAAGGUACUUAAAUAAGAGAAAAAAUUAAGAAAUUAGAUUAAGACCAUACACUUUAAAGAAUAAAUUAAGCUUAAUAUGUGAAAGAAACUCUGAAUUGUUUGAAUUAAUUACAAGAUAUUGGAAUACCUGUAAUUUAUCAAUUAAUUACUUUAGUUUACUCAAUAAGAAAUUAAUUUUAUCAAUUCUAAUACAGGAAAAGAUAACUUUGUAAUUAAAUAAGAUAAUGUCUAAGGAAAAACAUUACUUAAAUCAGCAGAACAAUAAUUGGCAGCUAAUAACAUGAAAUGAU